UAGUUUUCCAGGAUGGGUCGUUAGAUGGCGCUGUCGGGGAACGAGCCGCAGCGACGGAGAGCCUCUGGCCCCACGAGUACGCGGGGGCUCCAUCGGCUCCAUCGAGCACAUCGAGAAGCUCCUCGGCGUUGUUGCACCCGGUGCCGCGCGGUCUGCAGCAGGGUGUCACUCAUUCAAAGGCAGAUUCUCGCAGUUCUUCUCACAUUCAGACCCGGGAAAGGAGGACCAUCGACGCACCGGAUUGCCGCUGAAGUUGUCCACGCACACGCACGGACACUGACGCACGCGCGCGCGCGCGCACACACACACGCAUCGGUCAGCUGUCGGAGCGGGGAAGUUGCCCGCUGCGCCGCGCGCCCCGUCGAUCCCCGGGACCCUGUUUUUUUUUUUUAAGUUAUGCUUUCCACGCCGGUUGUCACGCGGGCUUGGAGAAUGUUGAGAGGAGCCGCGGCUUUCUACGUGUGUGGGGAAUGAUCCCGACCUGCAGCGACCUUUCCAUUAUGGUGAGAAGAUGUCUUCUCACUUUCAAACCCUUCAGGAUCUUCGUGGCGGGGAUCGGCUUCUUCAGCCUGUGCUUCCUGAUGACCUCCCUCGGGGGCCAGUUCUCGGCCAAGAGGCCCGCGGACUCCCCCUUCACGGUGCGGGCUGAAGUGCUCAGCGGACAUGAAUCUCGUGGGGUGCUGAGGAAAAUCAGCGACAUGCUGGAGGUCAUAAUGAAGCGGAUGGAUGCUCUGUCUAAACUGGGCAACACCACGGACACCCACAGGCUGGAGGAGCUCAGCUCGGCCCUGGACAGGUACGGCGCCUCCUACGCAAUGGAGGGAGGAUGCUCGCCGAAUUACAGCCUGCAGGUGAUGCCACAGGAGGAAACUGCCAAUUGGAUGCGCGCUCGUUGGACCUCCGACCCUUGCUACGCCUUCUAUGGCGUGGACGGCUCCGACUGCUCCUUCCUGGUCUACCUGAGCGAGGUGGAGUGGUUCUGCCCCCCACUGGCCUGGAGGAACCAGACCGCCACCCCCACCUUGCAGCCUCCGCCCAAGAUACAGGCUGUCUUGCGGUCCGACGUCGGGGCCCUGCUGGAGCAGGUGGGCGCCGGGAAGGAGUCGCUGAGCUUCAUGAAGCGGCGCAUUCGCAGGAUGGCGGCGCAGUGGGCCGCGGCGGCCCGGCGGCUGGAUGACAAGCUGCGCCACCACCGGAGGGAGCAGCAGAGGGUUCUAGUUCAUGUGGGCUUUCUGACCGAGGAGUCCGGGGACGUCUUCAGCCCCAAAGUGCUGAAGGGGGGGCCUCUGGGUGAGAUGGUGCAGUGGGCCGACAUCCUCACAGCCCUCCACGUGCUGGGACACGACCUCAAGAUCUCCGUCUCCCUCAAGGAGCUGCACGGGUUUUUGGGGGUCCCUCCGGGAAGAGGAAACUGCCCUCUGACCGGACCCCUGCCCUUUGACCUCAUCUACACCGACUACCACGGCCUGCAGCAGAUGAAGCAUCACAUGGGCCUGUCGCUGAGGAAGCACAAGUGCCACAUCCGAGUGAUCGACACCUUCGGCACGGAGCCGGCUUACAACCACGAGGAGUACGCCACCCUGCACGGCUACAGGACCAACUGGGGCUACUGGAACCUGCGCGGCCAGCAGUUCAUGACCAUGUUCCCACACACUCCAGAUAACUCCUUCAUGGGUUUUGUGGCGGAGGAGCUGAACGAGACGGAGCGGCGGAACAUCCAGCGGAACAAGGUCCACAACAUGGCCGUUGUGUACGGCAAGGACGCCAGCAUGUGGAAGGGAAAAGAAAAGUUCCUGGCCAUUCUGCAUCGCUACAUGGAGAUCCACGGCACGGUCUACUAUGAGACGCAGCGUCCUCCAGAGGUGCCCACCUUUGUUAAGAACCACGGCCUGCUGCCUCAGCAGGAGCUGCAGCAGCUGCUCAGACAGGCCAAGCUCUUCAUCGGGUUUGGCUUCCCCUACGAAGGUCCCGCCCCUCUGGAGGCCAUAGCCAACGGUUGCAUCUUCCUGCAGCCCAAGUUCAAUCCCUCUCACAGCUCUCUGAAUCAUGACUUCUUCAGAGGGAAGCCCACCUCCAGGAAGGUGUCCUCCCAGCAUCCCUAUGCAGAGCAGUACAUUGGCAGGCCGCAUGUCAUCACCAUCGACUUCAAUAACUCUGAAGAGUUUGAUGCGACCGUCCGUGAGAUCAUGAGGAUGAAUGUGAAGCCCUUCUUGCCGUAUGAGUACACCUGUGAGGGGAUGCUUGAAAGAGUUCACGCCUACAUUCAGAACCAGGACUUCUGUCGCCCCGAAGCUCCGUUCCCUCCGGUCAACUCGUCCUGGCUCGCCGGCGCUUCGGGCCCUUUCGUCCUCCCGCCCAACUCCAGCCUCCUCACCUGGGGCGCCAACGCCGGCGCCCACGCGGCGUGGCCCCCGCUCAGCGCGCUGCGCCUCCUGGCCUCGCCGGAGGGCCAGUCGUGCGUGAGGGCGUGCCGGACCGCGGGACUCGUCUGCGAGCCCGCGUUCUAUCGCUUCAUCAACAUCCGGGAGGCCUUCAGCGCACUGGACCUCCAGUGUGACGGGUUGGAGUCGGAGAUGAACCACCUGUUCCCCGCCUUCUCAGCGGAGCAUGCGGAAUGCGGCCUGCAGCGGGACCCGCUGCUGUUCAGCUGCGCCGGCUCCAGUGGCCGAUACCGGCGCCUGUGCCCCUGCAGGGACUAUCGCGUGGGCCAGGUGGCGCUGUGCAGAGACUGCCUAUGACUGGAGGAGGGUGCUUUGUAGUCGCCCCGUGGCACGUGAACUCUACUCUCAGGGAGCUGCAUGAUUGUACUUUGAAUGUGGUGGGUUUGAGGCUUUUCGACGUGGCUGCAGCGGGACCACAGUUGGCGACGCGAGGUCUCGGCGGUAAAACCACCAGCGGUCGAACUGAAAACGUUGAUUUAAAAAGAAACAUUGCAAAUGCUUGAAAUUCACAAGUGUGUUUUUUUUCGGUGUUGUGUGAAUACCUACAGUCAUAGUGGAGUUUGGAUAUUUGUACUAGAUGCACCCAAAGGCAUUUGCACCAUGUUGAGAUGUACUAUUUUACAUGUCAUGUAACAAAUAUAUUUGUACAUAAGUGUUGUUUAAUAAAAUACAGGCAAAGAGUAAUCGAUGCCUUAUUAUUUGCGGGAA